UGAUCGAUGGAGUUAGUGUAUAAAAAGCAUCCUGUGCUUCCAGUACAUACGUACGAGUUAUCACGAAAGCAAAUAAAUUACAGUGACUGAUAUGAAUGGCUUAGUACAAUGUAUCCGGUUCAUUCAUGUCUAAUCCUUAUCAAUAUUUACAAUUGUCCCACAUUGUCCCCUUACUACCAAACCCAUGGAGAGUUGACUGGAUAAAGGUUGUACCCCUGUCUUGUUUCCAUUCGCACACUUUUCUGAGUGUACUGGCUUUUUGCUAUCAUCACGCUAAUUGCAUGCUAUUAUCAGCACUUCAUCGUCAUGCUCGUCUGGAUUGGGAAGUCAUUGCCAGACUGUAUCUCGUGCUAACCUGACUGCAGAUCUAGGACCACACCAGACACUCCGGAUGUCGUUCGAUUAAUCCUGGCAUAGCAUUAGUGAAAGCUGCCGUUGAGGGAUGGCACCUACCGAGAAUGAAACACGGUACUCUACCUGUCAGCUGCCGGCAGCUUCCAGUGAAUCACACCACAAGACUGAGGCGUACGAAUUUGAAGCGCAACCGUUGACUUCGGGCAAACAUGCCGAGUCGGGGCAGGUACCGAAAAAGGCCAUCUCCUGGCGAGAUGGGAUUUAUCAGAUUUUGGCCACCAUAUUGGUCAACCUGAUCGUAGUUCAGGCAGGCAUAAACAUGACCUACUCGGCGAUCCUACUGCCACAACUGUCCACACCGGAUAGUCCCAUACAGAUUGACAAAGACGAAGCAUCGUGGAUUGCCAGCGUAGUAACGAUAGCUCUACCAUUGGGAUCGCUUAUCGUUGGCCAACUAAUGGAUAGGUAUGGCCGGAAAAAGGUUUCCCUUGCCACCUGCAUACCGUUUGCCAUCGGAUGGGCCCUGAUAGCCAUGGCGAAGGACGUCAAUACAAUCUACAUCGCUCGGAUAAUACUUGGAAGUUCAGGAGGAUUGACUACCGUGGCGUUGGUCUACGUGAGCGAGUUGUCACACGUCUCGAUGCGAGCGAUGCUGCUGUGUUUGAACAGCGUUUUUGUGUCGUUCGGUAUUCUGUUGACUUGUGUUCUAGCGCUUUUCUUCGACUGGAGGUCGAUUGCCAUAGUUUUCACGAUAUUUUCCUUAGCAACGUUCGUGCUAGUUCUAAUCGUACCGGAAUCCCCCCAUUGGUUGCUGACGUUCACAAAACGGGAUCCAUCUGAAGUCCGGAAAGUUAUGCAAUGGGUCUACCGAAGACGUAGCCUUGCUGAAGACCAGUUCUACCAACUGAUGUCAACAGAGCGUAGUCCUCAGCGAUCAAUCGCCGAACCUACGGCCAACGGGUUUUCACUGAAGCUCUAUCUACAACCGCGGGUAUACCGACCGCUGUUCAUUCUGCUCCUGCUGUUCGUGUUUCAACAGCUCUCCGGUGCAUAUGUUCUGAUCUUCUACGCUUUGAACGUGUUCAUGGAGAUCGGUGGUUCGCAAGCUCAAGGUUUCAACGAAUACAACGCCUUGGUGUUCCUUGGGCUGAUUCGGUUCAUCAUGUCGAUUCUAACGUCCGGGUUCUCCCGAAAAUUUGGACGACGACCACUGUUGAUCACGUCGGCCAGUACCAUGGGCUUCUUCGCCACCGUAGCUGCCCUAUAUCUGCACUUUGUUCGUAAUGCGGGCCGGGAAAGUCAUCCGGUCGUGGGAAGCUAUCUGCUGCUGGCGUGCGUUCUGGGAUACGUUUGCUUCAGUGCCCUUGGAUAUCUGGUCCUACCGUGGACCAUGAUCGGUGAAGUACUUCCCACAGAUGUCAAGGGUAAACUGGGAGGAUUCGUCGUAUCCGUGGCGUAUGUGCUGAUGUUUGCCGUUGUCAAGGCAUUCCCGUACCUCUUGGAUCUGGUGGCGAUUCAGGGUAUUUUCUAUCUGUUCGCCAUCACGAGCUUUGCAGGGGUCAUCUACGUUUAUGGAUGGAUUCCGGAAACAUUCGGCAAGAGCUUUCAGGAGAUUGAACAGCACUUUGCUGAUAUGGACUAAGCCGUACAAGGAAGCUAAGAUUCGCGUACUUAAGACGAAUGGAUCGAAUUAUCAAACCGUAGUUCAAAGUUGAAGUCUUCCAUAUGUAACUAUAACAAUACAGUAGAUAAGAUUUAUUUAAGACGAAGCAUUCAACGAUUUUAAAAGACACAUCAGUACCAUAGGCCCACUGACUACAAGUAGAUUGAAAGCUGUGAUUAUUUUUGACCAAAACCAUUACCCACGAGAUCCCUAAUAGCUACAAGGAUUGUGAUGCACAAUACAUAAUGUGAAUUGUAUUAUUUCAACAGGAAAAUAUACACUGAGUGUAUCGUA